AUGGGACCCACUGAAGCCCUCUAUCUAGACGAUGCUUCUCUCCACACAUCAAGGACUCAGAUCAUCUCCUACCGGCCACUGUCAAGCCUAGGCGAUGACGAGAAACGCCUCGCAAAAAAUAUUCCGUUAGAGGAGACAUUUGCUAUCAUCACAAAGCAAACAGUUUUUUACCCACAGGGUGGCGGGCAAGCAAGCGAUACAGGGAAGAUAACCCCCGAAAGUUUAGAUAAUCAAGACGGCGAUGGCAACUUCCUUUUCGAAGUCCUACUUGUCCGGAAAACCAGCGAUGGUUCUGUUCUUCAUUUUGGGCGGUUCUCGCCACCUUCUACUUCAAUUCCUAGCGGUAUUGCAAUGAACCGGCCUGUUUCAUUACAAAUAGACCGCGUAAAGCGGAACUACCACUCCCGCUUACACACAGCAGGACACAUAAUCGGCCUCGCCAUGCGUCUCCUACAGCGAACAUUGGGAAACCGCAAAAAAAUCAAAGCGAAUCAUUUCCCUGGGGAAGCUUGCAUGGAGUUCGAAGGGCUGCUUUAUAACGAGCAUAAGCCCGUGAUCCAGGAGAAAGUGAACGAGCUGGUUCGAGAGCAACUUCCCGUUCGAAUCUCCUGGUGGGAUGAGGAUGAGGUUGAGAAGAGGAAGGACGAGCUUGAUAUGGUGGAGGGUAGAGAGGUAAGUGGGAUGGGGAGGCUGCGGAUUGCUGAGAUUGGAGAUGUUGAUGCGAAUCCGUGUGGGGGAACGCAUGUGGAAUCCACGGGGCUAACCGGGGAUAUUACGAUUAGAAAGAUUAGUAGGCAGAAGGGAAUCAGUAAAGUUUCAUAUGAGGUGCCUGUUUCUUGGGGAAAGGUAUAG